UGGCACCAGAAUAACAUUUCACUCUGCGCAAGCCGUAGUGAGACGAGGAAAUUAGCUGCUAUUCAUUUAACUUCUAAAUAAGCCAGACGAAGAGACCUGUAGGAAACAUUAUUCAAAAUUUGAGGAUCGAAGCGUUCACGGGUAUUUGUUGUAUUUCCAACUGGGAGCAAAAGGGAUACGUUUCUUGUCAUGUGAAUUUAAAGGAGUUACCGACAACCCCCCAAAAUGAAGCUCGCCUCUUUUCUGCGUUGCCUCGCUUUUCUUUUGACUUCUGUGGUGAUAGGAGUGAGCUUUUCUCAGCCAGUCUGUUCUGGCACCGAGAACAAGCUGAGCACGCUUUCGGACCUGGAACAGCAGUACCGCACCCUCCGCAAGUACUACGAGAACUGUGAGGUGGUGAUGGGCAACCUGGAGAUCACCAGCAUCGACCGCAACCGCGACCUGUCCUUUCUCAGGUCUAUCCGGGAGGUGACAGGCUAUGUGCUGGUGGCCCUGAAUCAGUUUGACUACCUGCCCCUGGAGAACCUGAGGAUCAUCCGGGGCACCAAGCUGUACGAAGAGCGCUACUCCCUGGCCGUCUUCCUCAACUACCGCCGCGACGGUAACUUCGGCCUGCGCCAGCUGGGGCUGAGGAACCUCACCGAGGUCCUAAACGGGGGAGUGUAUGUUGACCAGAACAAGUUCCUGUGCCACGCUGACACCAUCCACUGGCAGGACAUUGUCAAGAACUCCCGUUCAGAGCUCUUGGUGGUGCCCACCAAUAGCAGCGUUGGAUGUAGGCGGUGUCACCGGACCUGUAAUGGCCGCUGCUGGGGCCCGCGGGAGGAUGAGUGCCAGACCUUGACAAAGACGGUGUGUGCGGAGCAGUGUGACGGUCGGUGUUUCGGACCCUACGUCAGCGACUGCUGUCACCGGGAGUGUGCUGGAGGUUGCACCGGCCCCAAAGACACCGACUGUUUCGCCUGCACAAACUUCAAUGACAGUGGAGCGUGCUUGACCCAGUGCCCCCAGCCCUUUGUCUACAACCCCACCACCUUCCAGCUGGAACACAACCCCGAGGCCAAGUACACCUACGGUGCUUUCUGUGUCAAAGACUGUCCACAUAACUUUGUUGUUGACCACAGUUCCUGUGUCCGUGCCUGUCCCAGCAACAAGAUGGAGGUGGAGGAAAAUGAGGUCAAGAUGUGCAUUGCCUGCACUGACAUCUGUCCUAAAGCUUGUGAUGGGAUCGGCACAGGCAGCCUGCAGGCAACUCAGACUGUGGACUCCAGCAACAUCGACAAGUUCAUCAACUGCACCAAGAUCAACGGCAACCUUGUGUUUCUCAUCACCGGCAUCAAAGGAGAUGUGUAUCAUGGCAUCGAGGCUCUGGACCCAGAGAAGCUGAAUGUGUUCCGCACUGUCAGAGAGAUCACAGGCUUCCUGAACAUCCAGUCCUGGCCAGAGAAUAUAACGGAUCUCAGUGUCUUCUCAAACCUGGCUACCAUUGGAGGGAGGUCGCUGUACAGUGGUAUCUCCCUCCUGAUCCUCAAGCAGCAGUGGAUCUCCUCCCUACACCUGCAGUCACUGAGAGAGAUCAGCGCCGGCAACAUCUACAUCACCAACAACAGCCAGCUGUGCUACUACAACACCAUCAACUGGACCAGCCUGUUCCGCACCAACAGCCAGAAGGCCAUGGUCCGCAACAACCGCAGCCCUAAGGAGUGCACCCAGGAGCAGAUGGUGUGUGACCCGCUGUGCUCUGACUGGGGCUGCUGGGGUCCUGGAGCAGACCAGUGCCUGUCCUGUCGUUUCUACAGUAGGGGGCGCACUUGUGUGGACUCGUGCAACCUGUAUGAAGGGGAUAUCCGUGAGUUUGCUAACGGGUCUGUUUGCCUGGAAUGUGACCCUCAGUGUGAGAAGGCAGACGAUGACUUGUUGACAUGCGUUGGCCCGGGCGCUGAUCACUGUGUGAGGUGCCUGCAUUUCAAAGACGGGCCCAACUGUGUGGAGAAGUGUCCGGAUGGCCUGCAGGGGGCCCAUAGCUUCAUCUUUAAAUAUGCUGAAGCCAACAAGGAGUGCCACCCCUGCCACUCUAACUGCACCCAGGGGUGCACCGGGCCCAGGAUCCAAGACUGUAUGGGGAUGAUGGACAGGACCCCGCUCAUCGCGGCCGGAGUGAUCGGGGGUCUGUUCGUGGUGGUCAUCAUCGCGCUCAGCGUGGCGGUCUCCGUCCGCCGCAAGAGCAUCAAGAAAAAACGGGCCCUGCGCCGUUUCCUGGAGACAGAGCUGGUGGAGCCCCUGACCCCCAGUGGCACGGCCCCUAACCAGGCCCAGCUGCGCAUCCUGAAGGAGACUGAACUGAAGAGGGUGAAGGUGCUGGGUUCAGGGGCCUUCGGCAUCGUCUACAAGGGGAUCUGGGUACCGGAGGGGGAGACUGUGAAGAUUCCUGUGGCCAUUAAGAUUCUGAACGAGGCGACGGGUCCCAAGGCCAGCGUGGAGUUUAUGGACGAGGCCCUGAUCAUGGCCACCAUGGAGCACCCCCACCUGGUGCGGCUGCUGGGGGUCUGCCUGAGCCCCACCCUGCAGCUGGUGUCCCAGCUCAUGCCCCACGGCUGCCUGCUGGACUACGUCCACGAGCACAAGGACAACAUCGGCUCCCAGCUGCUGCUCAACUGGUGUGUGCAGAUCGCCAAGGGCAUGAUGUACCUGGAGGAGCGGAGGCUGGUGCACAGGGACCUGGCUGCUCGCAACGUGCUGGUCAAGUCGCCCAAUCACAUUAAGAUCACCGACUUUGGGCUAGCCCGCCUGCUGGAUGCCAAUGAGAAGGAGUACAAUGCAGACGGGGGCAAGAUGCCCAUUAAAUGGAUGGCCUUAGAGUGUAUCCACUACAGGAAGUUCACGCAUCAGAGUGAUGUUUGGAGUUAUGGGGUCACCGUGUGGGAGCUGAUGACCUUCGGAGGGAAGCCCUAUGACGGGAUUCCCACCUGUGAGAUCCCGGAGCUUCUGGAGAAGGGGGAACGUCUGCCACAGCCCCCCAUCUGCACCAUCGAUGUGUACAUGGUCAUGGUGAAAUGCUGGAUGAUUGAUGCCGACAGCAGGCCCAGGUUUAAAGAGCUGGGCGCAGAGUUCUGCAGGAUGGCUCGCGAUCCCCAGCGUUACCUGGUGAUCCAGGGCGAUGACUGCAUGAAGCUGCCCAGUCCCAGUGACAGUAAGUUCUUCCAGAGCCUGCUGGAGGAGGAGGAACUGGAGGAGCUGCUGGAUGCUGAAGAGUACCUUGUCCCCCAGGCUUUCAGUGGUCCCCCACCGUCCUACACACUCCAGCCCCAGGCUUCCACCAACAGGUUCCCGGAUCGGCACGGCAGCUGCAGCGGGGAGAAGGUCCCGUCCCCCUGCGCUCAUGUUGCCGCGGCAGCCGGCCCCCCCUGUGCCUCCCCGGAGGCCUCAGCCGCCCAGAGCGCCGCCCUGGAGGACAAGGGCUGCAACGGCGUCCUGCUGAAGCAGGCCUCUCCCCAGCCCGAGGCAGGGAGCGCCGGGCAGCGCUACAUCACCGACCCCACCGAGCGCGGGACCCGCAGGGACGCCGGGGCGGAUGGCUACAUGAGCCCCAGCAAAGACAAGACCUCCUCAGCCCACCUUAAUCCUGUGGAGGAGAACCCCUUUGUUUCACGCAGCAAGAGUGGGGAGACACACAUGCACCACAGCGCCUCCAACAGGCAGGCCAAGGUAGAGGACGAGUACAUAAACCAGCCCCUCUAUCUGAACACAUUUCACAGUGCAGGGGAGAAGGGCCAGGGGCAGCUGAAGAAGAAUGGGGUCCAUGUCUCCGUUCCCUCGGCAACUGCAGCCACUGCUGUCACUCACACCCUCCAUGGUGCCCAUACUGGCCACGCCCCUAUCUCCGCCCAUUUAGGCCACGUUCCUCACCUCACUCACGCAAACUAUGCCUCACACUUUGCUAGAGCAGGACACACCCCCUUCCCUCUCCAGACAGGUCACCCUGCCCAGCUAGGCCACCACCCUCACCCUGCCCAGACCAUUCACAUCUCUCACUCUGCUGCUCACCCACCCCAAACAGGCCACACCUCUCACCCUGUCCUGCCAACCCAUACCCUUUACCUUACCCAGCUAGGCCACACCCCUCACCCUGGCCAGCAAAGCCAUGCCCCUCACUCUACCCUGCAAGGCCACACCCCUCAUACUACCCAGCCAAGCCAUACCCCUCACUCUACCCAGCAAAGCCACGCCACUCAUACUACCCAGCAAGGCCACACCCCUCACCCUACUCAAACAUGUCACGGCCCUCAUUUUACUCAAGCAGGCCACACCCCCCAAGCUAUUCAAUCAGGCCACACCCCUCAGCCUCCCCAGGCGAGCCACACCCUCCAUCCUACCAAGACCAGCCACGCCCCUCACCUUACCCAGUCAAGCCAUGCCUCUAAACCUGCCCAAUCAGAGCACCCCGGCCAAAACCCCCACCCAGCCUUCCCGGUGUACACUCUCCACCCCUCCCUCCCCGGCUACGCCCUCCACCCCGGCCACGCCCACGCGGGUGCCGGCCUAUCGGAUAAGAAGCCCGAGCAGACCUUCGACAACCCGGAGUACUGGCAGCACAGCCUCCCGCCCGGCGUGGGCCGGCCGGGCCCUGAGCAGCAGCAGGAGUGUGGAGGUAAGGUGGCGUGCAAGCAGAACGGCCGCGUCUGUCCCACGGUGCCCGAGAGCCCGGAGUACCUGUCCCAGUUCUCCCUGAAACCCGGCCCCGCCCUGCCGCCCCCGCCCUACCGCCAGCGGAACACUGUGGUGUAG